AGUUUGAGUUUCACCUCUACUCUGUCACAGACAAAUAAUUUUCUCACCUUUUUUCAACCGCUAUUCAACCGCGUCACUGUCGGUAAGUAACUAAAAACCCUCUCAUCCUCUCUCUCGCAUUUUGUUUCACCUCCAAAAAAUAAUUUAUAAAUAAAAAAAAUACCGAAAAUACCGAACCUGUCCUCCAAAGUCCAAACGCAGAACGGGCACUUACAGAUCUGCUUACAUUUCGCUUCCAAUAUUCCAUUUCUUUCACCUUCUCUCUUUUUUCCUCUCACAGUCCAAGCUAAUAAAGCUUAAAAAUACCAAGUCUAUUUACGGAUUGUGAAGAUUAAAUUCAAUGGAAGGAAUUGGGGGUGAGGGUGCCUCAGCAGCAUCGCCUGUAGCCCAAUGGGGGCAUGAUGCUUGGAGGAUGUAUCAGUAUUUUCUGGAUAAGACUACACCACAUGCAGUCUAUAGGUGGAUUGGGUCAGUUGUUAUAGUGGCUAUUUACUGUUUGCGGGUUUAUUAUGUUCAGGGGUUUUACAUUGUUUCCUAUGGGCUUGGGAUAUAUCUACUGAAUUUGCUUAUUGGGUUUUUGUCACCUUUGGUUGAUCCUGAACUUGAACCUUCUUCCGAGGGGCCUUUGUUGCCUACGAAGGGUUCUGAUGAAUUCAAGCCAUUUAUUCGCCGCCUUCCUGAGUUCAAAUUCUGGUAUUCCUUCACAAAGGCAUUCUGCAUAGCAUUUUUCAUGACCUUCUUCUCUAUGUUUGAUGUUCCCGUCUUCUGGCCUAUACUGCUCUGUUACUGGAUUGUUCUUUUUGUCCUUACAAUGAGGCGUCAAAUUGCACAUAUGAUCAAAUACAAGUAUAUUCCUUUCAACAUUGGAAAGCAGAAAUAUGGCAGUAAGAAAUCUGCUGCAAGUAGCAGUGGUUCCCGUGGGGACUAAACCUUGACCGGUUCAUAGGACUUGUAGAAAAGGACCAGAUGGAAAAAAGUGUAGACCUGAAGAUUCGCGAUAAUUGAUUUUUUUUUUUUCUCUUCAUUUUGAAGACAUGCAUUAAUGUUACGGUGGAUUUAAAUAUGCACUUGCAAUUAUGCCUUGGCAUUUUAUGAUGGCGGGGUGCUGAUGUCGCAGAAGUAAAAACUUUAUUGUUUAUACGCAUAUUUGAAAGAUUCAGUUAAAGUUUCUGAAAAAUUAUCUUAUGUAAACUGCUUGGUGCAGUAUUAUUAGUUAACUCUUCGGUUUUCUUCAUUGUUAGACCCAUGGAAAUUGUCAUUAGAAGUUAGUGAAAGUUUCUUGCAAAUCAGAAGUUUUGUUGCUAGCAGACA